AACAGGAAAAAGAAAAGGAAAGAAAAGCUACAAGAACAUAGAAAUUCUCAAAGAAAAGAAAAUACAAGAAAAAGGUUCCUUCUUUCCUAUACUCUCUGCAUUUUUUUUUUUUUUUUUUUAUACGUUCCUGUACUCUCUCUGCAUAAUAGUGCAGUAUUUUCUCUAUAAGAUCUUUCUUGAUCUUUUUCUCUCUGUCUACUUCUUCCAAGUCCUGUUCAGGACUGACACAGAACAGAGAGAGAGAGAUCACCUACCACAGAUCCACGAAAUAGUAGCCCAGUUGUUGAAAACCCGACAAAAAAUCUAUUAUGUUUUGCUUACUGAGGUAAAGAGAAACUCAAAGAGAGCUUCUUUUUGACCUUUGUGGGCAUUAAUGAUCUCAGUCUCACAUACCCAUUACAUGAAGAUUCUAUUUCUGGGUCUUGACAAUGGCAACCGUAGAGAAAUCCCAUGUUGUUGAUGUGGAGGAAAGUGGUCGUCGGAGAUCCGGAGCCGACGGCUUUGACCUGUACUCCGAUUCCGGCGAUCGGUCAGAUGAGGAGCACAUGUGUUCGAGCGGGUCCGGGAACGAGAUUGUGGGGGUGUCUGACAAGGAGAGCGGAUCCUCUUUGUCAGUGUGUUCUGCGGAGGUGGAUCUGGAAUGUGGGGUGCCAGAGAUUAAGCUGCAUUUGGCAAAAGUGGAGAGGGAUUGUAGAAUUUGUCAUCUGAGCUUUGAUGCAGCCAAUCAGGAAUCUGGGGUUCCCAUGGAGUUGGGAUGUUCUUGUAAGGAUGAUUUAGCUGCUGCCCACAAGCAGUGUGCUGAGGCUUGGUUCAAGAUCAAGGGAAACAAGACCUGUGAGAUCUGUGGAUCAAUUGCACGCAAUGUUGCUGGUGCAAAUGAGGCUGAGUUGAUGGAACGGUGGAACGAGACAAAUGAUGCUGCUGCCACAGCAGCAGCAGCAGCAGCACCUGUGAACCCGACAGAGACUCGAAACUUCUGGCAGGGUCACCGGUUUCUGAAUUUUCUGCUUGCUUGUAUGGUCUUUGCCUUUGUCAUCUCUUGGCUCUUUCACUUCAAUGUACCCUCAUGAAAUCCUGUGGCAAAAAGAAAAAAAAGAAAAGAACAAAAACAUUUUUCUGGGGUUGAUGAUUGAGAAGCAGCAAGCAAGCUUAUGGUUUUUAGCACUUGCACAGGUACCAUCCUCAGUGCCCGCAUCUCCACACUUGGAGUUAGUAUUUCUCUUAUCUGCUUUGAUGUUUAUACUAGUAACAGAGCUUCAUCAGACUUUCUAAUUUAUGUUGUGUUUCCCAAAACUGCAUCAUGUUACAGUUGUACCUUACUUGCUUUGUUACGUUUGUAUCACAAUGUAGUCUUCUCAGUCUCUUCUGGGAUCUAGAAUUUGUAUUGGGUAGACCAGCUGGAUGGUUGCAUCAAUUAAGUUUUGUUCAACUAGAUUAA